GCCGGGCUGCUGGAGGCUGGAGCUGCAGCUGCUAUAAGAGCUCCUCCCUGACAGACCAGCACUCUGGAGCAUCCUGAGAGGAAGAGUCACAACCAACUGGAGACUGGAACCUUUUGGAGCGACUUUUACGCGCGGCUCUGGUCUGGUGUGCAUGCAGCUGUGUGUUGUGGACAUUAAGGUUCUGGUGUGCAUGCAGCUGUGUGUUGUGGACAUUAAGGUUCUGGUGUGCAUGCAGCUGUGUGUUGUGGACAUUAAGGAUAGGAAUAAGUCCUCUGGAAACGGUCCACCUGAUGGCGUUCACCAUGCUGAGGCCGGUGGCCACGCAUCCCUUCUGCUACCCGGCUGACCUCACCUUGAUGUCGGAGGACGAGGAGAGCGACGGCAGCACCGACCAGAGCACCGACCAGAGCACCGAGCAGAGCUACGGCUGCUGCGGGAUCCCGGCGGAGAGGGAGAGCUACCGGGACUCCGGUUCCGGUGAGCUGCUGGGGCCGCACCGGAACGCCGCUAACGCCCGGGAGAGACACCGGACCCAGAACGUGAACACCGCCUUCACCGCGCUGCGGACUCUCAUCCCCACCGAGCCGCUGGACAGGAAGCUCUCCAAGAUAGAGACGCUGCGGCUCGCCUCCAGCUACAUCUCUCACCUGCACAACGUGCUGCUGCUCGGGGACGGGGACGGGGACGGGAGGGAGGACACACAGCAGCCCUGUCUCCUCAGACCUGUCCACCAGGACAGGGAGGACAAGAGAGGAGGAGGAAGAGGAGGAAGAGGAGGCAAACAGCCCCGGAACAUCUGCACAUUCUGCCUCAGCAACCAACGGAGAGGGGUGAAAGACAGACGAGACUGUGUGAAGAUGCACGGCGGCAGCGGGAGACAGAUCAGUCGGCGGUGAGACUGUCUCAGUUGGACUAGAUCGACUCUUCAGAAGGACACUUCAGGGAAACGUCCACCGACCGUCCGCAGAGUCUGGAAGCAUCUCCGUCUCCGUGUCUGAGGACGAGUCUGACUUCUGGCUUCGGCUCAUUGGUCUCUUUACCCUGUACUGUGUGAGAUAAGAGGACCGGCACCAGAACCAUCAGCAGAUACAGACACUCUCUCUCCAGAACAACUAAAGGCGGAGGGGAAUAUUGUACCAGUGAGUGAAUUAGAGCUGCUGUAGGUCGAUAUGUUCAGGGGAUCGGUGACUUCUACACAAUGAACGAUCCCUCAGGAGCAGAAUCUCUACUGAGUCUCUGAACAUGAGGUUCUUAUUCAAACAGGAAGUGAGUAACCUCACGCAGGUUUUCUGCUGAAUAUACAACAUGACCCGCUCUGGAUGACUAAAAGGUUUAUUAUCACGGAGCAGCAUGGGUAAUGCUAAUUAUGACUUAAAGGGGACAUAUCAUGAAAAACUCACUCUUUCAGUGCUUGUGUUCAUCCAGCAGGGUAUAUAUCCCACAAACUGUGCAAUCAGACGACCAGACAGUGUUCUGUGUGAUUCAACCAGCCAAUCAGAUGUAACUCCCCUUCCUGUGUCACCUGCAGGCUCAUUAGAAGAUACCGUCCACAGCUGGAGAACUACCUUUGUAAAGGUGCACCGUGUUUUUCUUGCUAGCCAAUCAGAGCAGACUGGGCUUCUCUUAAAGAGACAGACGGAGCGUUUCAGACAGAGAGUGAAUACAGGAAUAUAAUAAUAAUAAAAUGUACUGUCGCCCCGGCUCGGUUUACAUUGUAGGUGAUUGAACGUCAGGUGUGUUUCAUACAGGCGCUAAAGGGUGUGUUGGUAUCACACGCCAAGGGGCGCGGCAAAGCAUUAAAGCAUGUAAACAUGUUCUUGUAGAAACCUGAAAUACGAGUAUGAACCUGGAGAUGAGCUGAUAUGUCCCCUUUAAAGACACAGUCCAUCAUACAACAUGUAGAUAAAACCAUAUCUGCUCCAGAACCGGCGAGAUGAACUUAAAGUUCUUCAGUAUGUGAACUGACAACAGAUGAGAACUCUAUCAAAUCAUGCUGGCUGAGGUUCAAUUACAUAAAUAAUGUCUUUUAUCUGUAGGUCAAACUCUUUAUAGUCACAUGUGUGAAAUGACCAGAGCGUUAGCAUGACUGCUGGACAGACGGAUCUAUCAGAGACACCAGAUGGUUCUUGGUGUCCCUCAUAUACUCUGCUGGGUCAGAUACCGAUGAGACAAACAUGGUGAGACCAGGAGGACUUUGUGAAGCUGGUAGCCGACAGCGGAGCAGCUCCAGGAGCUAUACGAGAGAGGACAGACCACUCCGUCCACUCCGCUGGGGUUGUGAGGCUGCGUGCAACAGGACAGAAUAUUCGUGGGACUUUGUUUGCUCUUUCAUUACAUGUUGUAAUCUACU